AUGCAUUUCUGGAUCGAUAAGCGCAGCCAGUGCGCCUACACCGGCCGCCACCGUGUGCCAUCUUCUUUAUCUUCUGGCGUGGGGCGGGCGCGCGGGCGCGUCUGCGAGGGCGUGGGGCCGGGGCCGGGCGUGGCGGGCCGCAAGGGCAUGGCGGCGCCGCUGCAUCGGUUCGCGCCCCUCGAGUGCCCGCCGCGCCGCCACCACCGCCACCGCCACAACGGCCAACCACCGACGCCGGCCGUGCACACAUCUCGGCGUCAAAAUGACGAGUCAAGUCUUUACGUGGAGAUCCCCUUGGAGCCUCCACAGCCGACGAUCGCUUCCCUGGCAGCUGCCCGUAGCGUUACACCUGACACCCUGCUGCGGACGGCGGCGUUGGGCCUCCAUCACUCGCCAAUGAUGGCCCCGCAUUUGAAGUUUGGGAUGUUGGUAUCUUUUGCACUUGCCACACUGUUUCUGGCUGGUGCUAAGUACUAUUUUGACCGACAGGUGGUGCGCGACAACGCUUCUGGCACAGAAGCGACGGUGGUGUGCGCAGCAGUGGCGUGCGUGUGCGGCGUGGGCUGCGCGCUGUCCAUGUGCCGCGCCAAGUCGCCGCCGCUGCAGACGCCCGACCGCGUUUCUUCCACUGCACAAAGGGAUAGACCUCCACCUCCCUCCGAACCUUCCGACGACAUAUCCCUCACGACGCUGCUUCAAUCGAACCGCCAGGCCGAAGCGACCAUUUCCCCCGAGGCUCCUCCGCCGUACCACAUCGCAGUCCUGCUUCCCAGCAGCCGCGACCAGCCGCGAGAGACCAGCCCUCCGGCGUACAGUGCUCUCAGCUAGCUAAGCCCACCGGCGAGCCAGGAGUUCAUCAUCUAACUGCCAGACGGUCUUGGGUGAGGUUUUUCUUCCACAUUUGUCUCUAAAUUGCUCAAAAAUACUGGCCUUAGAGCACAGUGCGCCUUAGGGGUGUAUUUCUUGUGGAGCUGAUUAAACUUCACAUGCCUGUCUGUGUCUGCUCCAACUGCGUUUCAAGCUUAUUGUCACACCAGAUGCGUUCGGCGACACGGAUAUCAGCUUGACAGGAAAAUGACCCUUACAAGUUUCCAAAUGUGCUUACAGAUGUCAAGUGUCAACAGUAAAAAAUGUGGUCUGAAGUUUGCUCAACAUUUGUAUGACAGACCGUAUAAAAUUGCGCUAGAAUUUGAAAUCAUUCUUAAAAGUACACCCCAAAUUGAACCUUACCCUAUUAGAACCCUGCCUCGUCGCGUAGUUAAGAAUUAACGCUAACGGAUAAGACGCACACGGAUAGUAAACCAAGCCUAUAAAAGACAGCUAAAGGUAUUCCUAUAGUUGUAGUUAACAAACAUUGAACAUCGGAAAACUCUGGAAAUCAUGGAUAUUUCUGGACGCUGUCGUGGCGUUAAUAGCUUGUCGACUCAUGUAUUUUGGACAAAGAAAUACAAAAUUUUAUAUAGUCAAUUACUAUCGUUUAUGUUAUAUGUAUGUCGGAGUUAGGACCGAAAAGGGAGACGUCGAAGGAAACACUCUCUACGCAGGUUUAAUCAGGAUUGACUUGAUAAACGGCUCAUUCACUCUUCGUUAUCAAUUGGUGAAGUAGUAACGUCAACUGAUUGCAAUUAGUUAUUUUAUGCACUUUUCACAGUAAUUAGUCCGAAAGUAUAAGAGAUGUACUGUAGUUUAUAUAGAUCAGUCAGGAUCUUUUGAAAUGCGGUAGCACCCCCUCACGCAGAACAGCAUGACCAUUUGCUCCCUAGGCUCCUACCCUCCUAGAACUCUUCAACGCCCACUGGGGCAAACUAUGCGCUAAAUGGACGCUGCAAUAGUGUUCGGAAAUAUUUUCUAUGUUUCCAAGUUUUCCCGGUGUUCAAUGUUUCUCUUAUCUACUACUGGUAUAUUGGAAAGAUAGUGACAAUUUCAUUCGGAUACCGUAGAUCCCUUGAAUAGGCUGGUGAACUUUGUAACCAGAUUUUUACCCGUUUAAUUUGAAAGUUCAGAGUGAAAUGUACAUUCCUGAAAUCAAUCGGACAGCCCCGGACUGGUUCCAGAGGCGACGUUUAUCCCGACUCGGCACAAAAUAUGACGGCAUUCGUCAUAUUUUAUAUUUUUCGUAAGAAUCGAGAUUAACUCAGAUUUCAGUACAUCAUUAAAGCAUAAUAAAAAAUACUUUUGGCUGUCUGUAUAUAUAAAAUUUUAUAACCGAAAGUCUUUAAACAGAACCACGUUUGGAAGAGUUAAAAUGUAUUGACAAUGUAUAUCAAAGCAAUUGAUAUAAAAAAAAAUAUAUCUUCCAAAUUGUUGAAUUGAAUGAGAUUUGCGAAUAAUAUUUGCAUGUGAUUGUACGUUAUUUAUAAUAUUAAAUGAAAUGGACCAAUAGGGUACCAAAAGUUCAUGUUAUCUUGGCAUUUACUUCCCUAGUAUAUAUUUUUGUGACCUGUUCAUACAUAACAAGUCUUAGAUUUAACGUAUAAAGCUCUCUUGUUCGAAGUUGACAUUAUGAACAAAAGUACACGUUCGUUUUAUUCUCACCCUGCUAGAUUUAUAAUAUUGGACGAUGCCACUGAACUGUAACUAGGAAAAUGCUUUAAAUGUUUAAAACAUGAAACGAACAUACAUAUGUGUUGCCAUAGAGCAAAACAAUCUCAUGGAAGGAAUUAGAAGAAUGCAAGGGAUAAUUAUUAUUGAUUAUUAUAUCCUUCAUUAUUAUGAUGACAUUCUUCCUAUUAUAGAGUAAGUAUGGGCGUAUGAUAUAUAUAAUAUAUAUAUAAUUUAUAAGGCAUUGUAAAAGCCUGUUAUUUCGUUUUGUAAAUAACAAUUAAUAAGGUGUUCAAUGUACCAGCAAAAAUUCUAGAUAUUUCACUAGUUUUGUAUCGAUAUUUAAUGCAGAGUGCAUUAUUUUAAACCCCAAUAUUUAUUAAUGUUUUAAAUUUCUAUUAUAAUAAAGUAAGGUGUCCACGCGUAUGUUGAAUGUCUGUAACAUUUAAUAAAUCGUUUAACAUUGUUUUUAAUUUGGAGGAAAAAAAAUCGUAGAAUUUGUAUAAAAAUGGCGUAAUUAAAUAUUUUGAGCUUUCCUACACAUACUUAUAGAUAUUUUUUUUUUUAAUCUCACAACAAUCCACUCACGAUGGAAUCGCACAGGGGACCCUCUAUAAUAAAGUGAUGUAAUUCAAAAUGUAAAUUUUUUGUGAACCUGAAAAUAUUAAUUUUAAAAGUAAUAACGUACGAAAUAAAAUUAAAAAUUAACAUUUGGUUUUCCUUAUCAAUUAGAAUUUUAUUAUAGUCAAAUGGCA